UAGUCUGGUAAUUACGGUGGCGCUUUCAGUUAACAGACUUAGCUGCUCCUGCGAAGAGUAAAAACAGAAGUAGACUCCCUUGCCGUCCUCCCUCGCAACUUUGUCCGAAGCACCUAACCUCUGUUUUCUGAUGCACUAGUCGAUAAUGGAGUAUUCCGAGCGAUUGACGGCGUUGAAGAAGGCUUAUGCCGAUAUAAUCCUCAAUACGGCGAAGGAGGCGGCGGCUCGUGUAAUGGUGUCGGAGAGAAAAGUCGUGAGGUUCCAAAGGGAGCUGGUUUCGACUAAAGAGGAGUCACUUCGGAUGCUUCUUAGGCUUAAACAAAUGUUGGAUUCCAAAGUUAGGGAAGCAGAUACUACAUCUUUUAUUCAGAAGAAGAAGAUUGAGGAACUUGAAGCACAGCUCCAGGAAGCUGAGGAAAUAGUUAGGGACCUAAGAGAAGAGUUGAGAGACGUACAGCCUACAUUAGAGAAGGUGAAAAACAACCUAAUGCAUCCCCUGGAUAAACAAAACGUAGAAGAUGAAGCUGCACCUCAGGAAAACAUUGUAAUAAACGACCAGUUUGAUCCUUGCAGAUCCUUGUAUUAUGAGCCCAAUUUACAGUUUGAAUCAGUCUCAACACAUGACGUGAAGGAUUCAAUUGUAAAUGGUUCAAAUGAGAGCUGUAAGAGUUGUCUGUCAUAUGAUCACACAAAUAAUUGCCACAUUCAUAACCCUGAUUUUGCUUCUAUAGUCAUUAGAAGAAGAGCACCUGACCUCUGCCGAAACGGAUGCACUCAGAGAAUACAUACUUUUGAAAGGAGCUUGUUUGGCAGAAAUAUAUCUCUUUCCGGAAAUGCAGAUGAUGUGCAGAAUGAAACAUUAAUAAGAAGAGGUGAGGAUAGUCAAGAAGUUAAAGGAACCAAAAAAACUGAUACCAAAAAUGAUGUUAUUUCUCAAGCAGAGAAACUAGGUGAACUUAAAGUGGCAAGUGCUGAUGCUGACCUUGUCAAACUGCCAUUUUGUAAGAAAAAGAGAACUUCUUUUGGAAUUCAAAAUGGCACUUCAAAAGAGGAAGUAUUAGCUAAGUUGCCAAUUUGUAGAAAAAAGAGAAGAAUUAAGAGAAGGAAGCAACUGGAAUCUAGAUUUUCUGAAUCUGACCAAGUUGAGGAAACUAAGGCAUCUUGCUUUUCUUGCACAAAUAGUUCUCUAUAUGCAUCUGAUACCAAUGAUCCGUCUAAGGAAAACUCUUCUAAGGUAUGUGAAAAUGAGGCUCAAAAGGAUAUGAUGUCUCCUUCUGCUAAAGUACCCACUGAAACAACUGUGAUGAAUAAACUAUCAGGAUCUCAAAACGAUGCCAAAAAGGAGAAAGGGCUCCUAAAAUCUGGCUGUUCUUGGGAUGAAAUGAGUGAUAAUAAGGAACGGUUUCAUAAAUCUUAUUUAACAGGACAAGAGAGUUUGUCUAUGGAAAGAUUGGAGGUUCCUGCUUUCAGAGCCAAUUUUGAGGCAGCUAAUCAGUUGUCUGAUAAACAGGAUCUUAAAGCAUCUGAUAGAGAUGAGAAGGUUUCUUGUCAACCAGCAAACAACAGGCUUCUCAAGUACACAUUCCAAAGAAAACGCAAGGAUACUCAAAGUAGCCCUGAUGUGGAUUGCUCUCUUGAAGAGAGCAGUUUAAAGAAAAAGUGUGAAGUGAAGCAGAAUGAACAUGUCAAGCCUCAGAAAUCCUGUUCAAUAACAGAAUCAUCUCGUGACAGCCGGCAGCUAGCACAGGUUGCCCGUCAGCUCAUAUCUUUGUCUGAGAAGAAAUGGUGGCAAUAGAUGAGGAUUCCUGAUGGAGAUAGGAGAGUAUUUGAACUUUGAAGCACUAUUGUGUCAGAAGAUGGUGUUUGGAGGAUGGUUGAGGCAGAGUAGUAGAAUGUGUUAAUAAUUAUUUGUCUUCCUAUUAUAUAUAUAUAUAUAUAUAUAUAUAUGCAUAUAUCUACUUUUCCUCUAUCCUUAGCAGUUAAUAAACAGUAUGUUCUGUAUAACAUAAUUUACAUGUGAGGGAUGUUGCUGUCCUUUGGGGAGGCAGUUUUAUUAAAUAAUCCAAAUAGAAAUUUUGUCAAA